CGCAGGCGGGGGCUGGCCAGGGCGGGGCGCGGAGGCUGAGCCGCUGCCCCAGCGCAGUCGGGGGACGCGAGAUGCUCAGCACACAGCUCUGGGCCCCGAGGCCUCGACGGCUGCUCUCCGCAGGUUUUAAUUUAUGGUGUUUUUUGAGAAAAAAAAUCACAAUUUGAAUGUGAAAAAGGACAUGAGGAGACCAAUGACCAGGGAUCUUGCUGAUCAGAAUGAAACAAAUUUUGAAAGACUUUUCAAAUCUUUUGUUGGUGGUACUCUGUGAUUAUGUUCUUGGAGAAGCUGAGUAUAUCCUCCUGGGAGAGCCAGGCCAUGUAGCACUGAGUAAUAGAACAGUGUCCGUGGACUUCCAGUAUUUUGAUGACUCCAAUGGCACACUGAGGAAUGUCUCUGUCCUUUUAUUGGAGGCCAGCACCAAUCAAACUGUCGCCACCAAGUCCCUCCUGACCAACCAGUCCCAGGGAACGCUGGAGUUCGAGUGCUUCUAUUUCAAGGAGGCUGGUAACUACUGGUUCGCCAUGAGCCCAGAAGCAGAGGGCAACAGCACUGCAGCUGCCUGGUGGGAGAAAGGAGCCUUUCUGAAGGUGGACUGGCCCGUCUUCCAUAUCGACUUGAAUCGCACCACCGAGGCUGCAGAAGGCACUUUCCAGGUGGGCCUCUUUACCAACCAGCCACUUUGCCAAUUCUCCUCAGAUGAGCCCCACAUCAUGGUGGAUACCAUCUUCAGCAACCAUUUCCCUGGGGCCAGGACCAGCCAGGGGCAGCCACUUGAGAUCAGGAUCAGCAAGAGGACAGAGCUGUCUCAAGCCCAGUGGGUAGAGAUUGGCUGUGCCCCUGUGGGCUCCGAGGCCUAUGUCACUGUGUCCUUGAAGCUGCUUGGCCAAGACUCGGUCAUUACCACAGCAGGACCCUUUGAUCUGGCCCAGAAGUUUGGUUACAGGCUGGUGAUGGCACCGGAACUCACAUGCAAGUCCCAGGUGGAAGUGCUGGUGCUGCCCCCGCCCUGUAUCUUUGUGCAAGGAGUGAUCGCUGUGUUUAAGGAGGCCCCCCGGCCCCCUGGGGAAAGGGUCACCCGGCUGGCAGAAAACAAUCUGGCCCUAGGGGAGAGGAGAACUGUGUUCAACUGUACUCUGUUUGACAUGGGGAAGAAUAAAUACUGCUUUGACUUUGGCCUUUCCAGCAGAAGCCAUUUUUCUGCAAAGAAGGAAUGCAUGCUAAUUCAGAGAAAUAUAGAAACUUGGGGACUGUGGCAGCCCUGGAGCCAGUGUAGUGUCACGUGCGGGGACGGUGUCAGAGAACGUCGCCGUGUGUGCCUGACUUCCUUCCCCUCCAGACCCAGCUGCCCUGGGAUGUCUUUGGAGGCCUCUCUGUGCUCCCUGGAGGAGUGUGCUGCUUUCCAGCCAUCCAUCCCAUCUCCCCUCCAGCCUCAGAGUCCUGCAAAGUCUAAUAACAUCGUGACGGUCACUGGGAUCUCCCUGUGCUUGUUCAUCAUCAUGGCUACUGUGCUUAUCACACUGUGGAGGAAGUUUGGCCGGACCCCUAAGUGUGGUACCCCUGCUCGGCACAACUCCAUCCACUCACCCAGCUUCCGGAAGAACUCAGAUGAGGAGAACAUCUGUGAGCUGAGUGAGCAGCGGGGUAGCCUCUCCGAUGGGGGCGAAGGGGGCAGCCUGGGGGAAACGGGCAUCCCCUUGACCUACCAGCGCAGUGUGCCUGUGACCCCUGAGGAUGAUGCCUCUGGCAGUGAGAGCUUCCAGUCAAGCGCCCAGAAAAUCAUCCCCCCUCUCUUCAGCUACCGCCUGGCCCAGCAGCAGUUGAAGGAGAUGAAGAAGAAAGGCCUGACAGAAACCACCAAGGUGUACCACGUGUCCCAGAGUCCCCUGACUGACACAGCUAUUGAUGCUGCAGCUGGCCCUCCAAUGAACUUGGAGAGCCUAGAAACCUCUGGGCAUAAGUUCAGGAUCAAAUCCCCAUUUCUGGACCAGCCUGGAGUCAGUGCUGGUGCUGGUGCUGGUGCAGGAGAGAGGCCUCCCUCCCAGCUGGAUUUCACUGUUGUAUCCCCAGCCAGCUGUGCUUUAAGCCCCAGCCAGACUCUGAUCCGGAAGUCCCAGCUUAGGCACUUGGGCAGCAGGGGGGGACUGUCUGAGAGGAGCCACCCCCAGGGUUCCCACUUCAGGAGGACGGCCAGCUUCCAUGAGGCCAAGCAGGCCCGGCCAUUUAGGGAGAGGAGCAUGUCCACACUGACGCCUCGCCAGGUCUCCUACAGGACAAGGGCCUGGGACCAAGCAAACGGCAAGCUUAGGCCCCAGAGUCGAGGUGCUAGCUUGCUUCCUGAGAAGCCAGACCCUUUCCAAGGGACUGGGGGAACCAGCAUUCCCUUGAGCCUUUCCCCCAAGUCCUAUAGCCUGGGGCAGCCUGAAAGAAAACUGGACAUGGGGGACUUCCAGGGGGGGUUCACAGCAGGUGGAGAGAGAACAGAGCCUCACAGAACUCGGAGGGGACCCUCACCCAGUCACAGGAGUGUCUCCAGAAAGCAGCCUUCCCCCAGCAUCCCCAAAGACAACUACCAGAGGGUCAGCCCUCUGAGCCCCUCACAGUGUAGAAAAGACCGAUGUCAGAGCUUCCCGACCCGGCCUGAGUUCGCCUUCUAUGACAACACCUUAUUUGGCCUCACCGAGGUGGAACAGAGGAUGCUGGACCUCCCUGGAUACUUUGGGUCGAAUGAAGAGGAUGAAACCACCAGUACACUGAGUGUGGAGAAGCUAGUUAUUUAGACUCAGCACCAGCCCAAGACUUUGUGCCAUUGGGCUCCUUUGCCCAGGAUGUGGUAUCAGCUGUGCAGACUUGGUGUGUAACUGCUUGGACAGCUGUCUGGCUGGUGGGGAAAAAAACAGCUUAGGAGUGUAUGUGUGUGUACCUGUGACCUAAUGCAUCAGAAAGAAGCUAUUUUUCCUAAAACUUCCCUUUGUCUUUUUUGUUUGCUGAUUUUUUGCUAUUGUAUUGUUUUGUUCUUUACCAGAGCACUGCUCAGCUCUGGCUUAUAGUGGUUUUGGAGAUAGAACCUCAGGCAUGGAAGUCUUUUCUGCAUGGUCUUUAUGCUAUCUCCCUAGCCACCUUCCCUUGUUAUCCAGUUCCUACUGGUUUAUUAUUAAUACCAGCGAUAAUAAAAUCUCAAGAGUAAGCUCCUCA